CAGCCAGGGCCGGGGAAGGUCUGAGCAGCGACGGCCGGACGAAGGCACACCGCCCGCGGCAGCUGGAGCAGGAGAGAGCUGGGGCAGACUCCGGCCUUCGCGGGUUUCACGUCCAGGGACCCCCAGACCCACCUCAGGCGAAGGGGGAGGCCGCCGGCCCAAGGCCUGACAGAAGAAGCCCCUCUUCCGCUGGCUUUUGGGGCUGAUUUUGUACCUCACGUUGCUUAGGGAUUUUUUCCACACUUGUCGGGGAAGAGCCAUUUGGGAGGGAUGGCGGGGAAGGGGCGCCCGCCGCCCUCCACCCCGCCGGUGCCGCCCUGAGGGGGCGCGCGGCGCCUCCAUGGCUGCCUGAGGCAAGGCCGCCGCUCCGCCCCUAGGCCGCGCGCACCCGCUCCCCGCAGGACCCGGCGCAUGCGCGGCGCGGCCUAGCUCGUGGUUGGCCCGCGGCCGAGCGGAAGCGGCGCCGCCCCCGGGCUGUGGCGGGUUGGCGGGAAGGGCCGGCGGGGCCGGGCGCGCGGCGCGGCCUAACGGCUGGGCUGAGGCGGGGAGGCUGUGGGGGGACGGGCCCUGCCGGAGCCAUGCAGGCCUUCCUCAAAGGCCCGUCUGCUAUCAGCACCAAGCCCCCCGCUGCCAAGGAGAAGGGCGCAGCGGGGAGCAGCGGGGAGGGCAAGAGGCUCAAGCCCAUCCCCUGGGUGGAGAAAUAUCGCCCCAAAAACGUGGAUGAAGUCGCCUUCCAGGAUGAAGUUGUUGCUGUGCUGAAAAAGUCCUUGGAAGGUGCUGAUCUUCCCAAUCUGUUGUUCUAUGGCCCACCUGGAACUGGAAAGACUUCCACUAUUUUAGCAGCGGCUAGAGAGCUCUAUGGGCCUGAAUUAUUCCGGCAAAGAGUCCUUGAGUUAAAUGCUUCUGAUGAGCGUGGAAUACAAGUGAUUCGGGAAAAAGUGAAAGCUUUUGCUCAGCUAACUGCGUCUGGAAGCCGCUCAGAUGGUAAAAUUUGUCCUCCUUUUAAAAUUGUAAUCCUGGAUGAAGCAGACUCAAUGACUUCAGCAGCCCAGGCAGCCUUAAGACGCACAAUGGAAAAAGAAUCGAAAACAACACGUUUCUGCCUUAUUUGUAACUACAUCAGCAGAAUAAUUGAGCCUUUAACAUCUCGAUGCUCCAAAUUCCGCUUCAAGCCUUUGUCAGACAAAAUCCAACAGCAGAGGCUAUUGGACGUUUCUGAGAAGGAACAUGUGAAAAUCAGUAGCGAGGCAGUAUCUUACCUUGUUAAAGUGUCAGAGGGGGACUUAAGAAAAGCAAUUACCUUUCUUCAAAGUGCCACUCGCCUAAUGGGUGGGAAAGAGAUCACAGAGAAGAUAGUCACUGAAAUUGCUGGGGUCAUCCCUAAAGAAACAAUUGAUGAACUGCUGUCUGUCUGCCGGAGUGGUUCCUUUGAGAAACUGGAAACGCUGGCAAAGAAUCUCAUCAAUGAAGGGUAUGCUGUUGCUCAGCUCGUAAACCAGCUGCACGAUGCCGUUGUGGAGAGCGAAGAUUACAGUGACAAGCAGAAAUCUGUCAUAGUUGAGAAACUUGCGGAAGUAGACAAGUGCUUGGCUGACGGUGCUGAUGAGUUCCUGCAGCUGGUGAGUCUCUGUGCCCUGGUCAUGCAGCAGCUGACGCAGAACAACUGACGGCGGCUCCUGUGAGGCCUGGGGUGGGUGGCCUAGGUCCUGAGAGCAGGGACCUGUGUGGUUUUGUACAGCUUUUUGCAAUAAAAGGACUGCUCAGCAGUGGGAAAAGCUCA